AUGAAGUUCUCCGCUCUCGUGUCUGCCCUCUUCGUCGCCUUCGCGGCUGCUGCCUGCAAGGACGGCGAGUACUCCUGCGAGGGAAACACACCCGCCACUUGCUCUGGCGGUAAGCCCAUCAAGGGCGCGGCCUGCGGUCCCAACCAGGUCUGCACCGUCGUCAGCGGCUCUGCCGUCUGCAAGGCGAAAUAA